AUGGGCUCUGAUCAUCUGGGAAUGAAAGAAAAAUAUAAUCUAAUUGGGCCACAUUUGUACAUCAGAGGAGAAGAACUUGAGGAAUAUAAGCAUAAGAAUCAGUUUUCUAGCUCAUUGUAUUUCAUACUACUGCUCUGCAUCUUCCUGCUUGAGAUAAUUGCUGGAAUCCUGGCCUGUGUCUAUUACCAGCAGCUGAACAACGAGCUGAAGGAAAAUCUGAGAACAACGAUAAUCAAGAAGUAUAGGAAGGCAGGAGAAGAGAGUGUGACUAAUGCAGUGGACAAGCUUCAGCAGGAGUUUAAGUGCUGCGGCAGUCAUAAUUAUACAGACUGGAGAGAAAGCUAUUGGUUCGGAGUUGAAACGGAAGGAAGGAAGGUCCCGGAUAGCUGCUGUAAGACGAUGACCCAUGCAUGUGGUAAAAGAGAUCAUCCUUCAAAUAUCUACAAAGAGGGUGGCUGUAUCACUAAGCUGGGGAACUUCAUUCAGGAACACUUGAUAAUUAUUGGAGCGGUGGGACUCAGCAUUGCAUUUGUACAGGUAUGUAACCAGCAAGGACUGAAUUAUGCCUUCUCAGAGUUUGACAGGCCAGUUGGAAAGGCAACUUUGCCGUGGUUGUUGGUAAUUGGAAGGCUGUAACCAAAAUUGAUACUA